UUAAAGAGUGCGUGUUAAUUUUCGUCGUAAUUUGCAGAAAUGAAGUGCUGGAAAUGAUUUCAUGACUUAUUUGCUAUAGCAUUUGAAUAUGUAAACUAUUUUUCAGUAACUUUUAUGUUAUAAAAUUGUCUCAAUGCAACAGUCUUUUCUUGAGUUAUUACGUCAUUAUGAGAUCACAAGCACAUGGGUGAAGAGGUAGCCCUGUGAAUGUGACGUUUUUCGUGUUGCGUUCUGUGACGCAGUCCCAACAGAAACCAGUUAAGACGGUGCCGCCAUGACAGCUUCCUCUUCGACUCGGCUUCCCCCUCCUGAUCCAGUGACUAUCCUAUGCGACGCCCGGCGACUGGGAGUUUAUUCACUGAUAUUUGGACCACAAGGCACAGUUCAUGAGAUGAGCCUUUUUUCCGGUCACGAAGAGGGCCUGAUCAUUGAAUGGAGCUUGGUACGAAAUCGCCCAGAGUGCUCAUGGAAUGCCCAUGGUGGCACAGUGUUGUGGAUGGACAUCAGGAGUAUGGACGGGAACUGUUUCUUGUUUUCGCAAGGUAGAGAUGGCACCAUCAAGGUCUGGUCUUGCAGUUGCGGUUUAUGGACUCCACAAGUGGAAGUCCCAUCUGCUUCAAUGCUGUUCUGUAACAGUUCCCUAGCAGUGACGAUGGACAAGUUCACACUGGCUGCACCGAGUGAACAGCAGGCCACUGUUGACCUCCACCACAUUUGUUCAUCAGAAAAAAGUCGCCCCUUGUCCGUUUCUUACCACCAUUUCCUUCGACCCGACAGCGAAACGGAGUAUGGCAUGUGCAUGAAGAUGCAGUUUUGUCCUGCUGAAGUUGAAGAAGGUGUUUCCAAGUGUCCCCUGCGGCUACUGGUGGGCUAUGAGAGCGGACAAAUAGUUCUGUGGGAUGCAGACCAGGCGGUACAACUGAGUCUGCUCCAAGUGUUUGAGGAGCCAGUAAUGUGUCUGACUGUGUGGUGCGCCACUGUCAACAGCCGGCGUGUCGCCCGGGGAUGUUGUGGCUCCACUUCCACUGAACUGAAAUCGUUUUGUGUUGGGGUGGACACAAUAACCACAGACAAAUCUGUAUCAGUCACCAAUGCAGGUUUUUCAGAUGUCUGCUGUCGAGAGGAUGCAAAGAUUUUUGCCACUGGUGGGUGGGAUAAUGCAGGUCGUGUGUUCAGUGCAAAAACGCUUCGUCCCUUGGUGGUGUUGACCUACCACCAGAAAGGUAUUGGUGCUGUGACCUUUUCUCAAAACAACAACCUAGCCUUGGGCUGCAGAGGAGGCUACAUUACAAUUUGGGAUGUUUAUAAAAACACUGGGUGAUGUUGAUAUUUCUGUUACUGAAUGAAUUACUACCUUUUGUCAGCUUUGAAUUAAAAAGUUAAAGUACUAAAAGUGCUGCUCACAGGAUCAGGCACACUAUUAGUAGUACUAGAUUUAUGCCUUCCUUGCAAAACCAGUGUCUUUCAGAUGAAAAUAAAUGUACCUGGAGAGUCCCAUUUGAUUCAUAUCUUUGUUGUUACACAUUUCUUUAGGAGUCACUUUCUGAACUUUCUCCUUGAAUUAUUCAACUUUAAGUGUGGUGUCACUAAUUUACAUUUCAACCAUGUUACUCAUCACUUCAUGCUAUGCAUUUAUUUACUUUAUAGUGUGGGUGGUUCGCGAGUGCUCUGGUACCGUUUGCUCCUUCAUUCAUAUUAAACAUCUAUCUUCCUUCUCUCCUCCUUUUUUGUGUAUGUUACUCUCUUGCAACACCUCUAAUCUUCAACACUAAUGACCUAAUUGUGUUUCAAGUGCCGUGUAAUUUGUAAAACUCCUACCAAAACUAUUUUAAAGUAAAAACCACAUGGCUCCACCUUGUAAAUAAGCAAGUUUCCAUAUACUAAAUGAUUUAGUGUACAAACCUAGCUAAACUUUGAUGGUGUCAUGUUCCAGUCUUCUUAAAAUGGAGCAAAUAGGUCAACUCAUUUUUUGUUCUAAAACCAUUGCUGGGUUGAACUGUGUGGUCCUCUAAAAAAUCAGGAGUCAGCACGCACUAUAAAAGUACUGUUGUGUACUGUACAUGUAAUAACUGUUGCAGUGUCUACUCCUAUCAUUUAAAUCAAUGGGGGUUUUUUUUGCCAGCUGAACAAUAACUUUUCAAGAAACCUGUUGCAUAUAGAGCUAAAAUACAUCCAUUUCUGUUUUCAUGCUUAAUAUAGCAUAAGGGGCCAAAGAUGAAUCAUGUCUAAAGGAGCUAGAUCAGGACUAUGUGUGAAGGAUGCUGCAUUACCCUCCAGCGGUAGACUCAGUAUUCAGUUAGAUUAGUUGUGUGAGGAGUAGCUUUGCACUUUAGUACCCUUCGAGCCAACAAUCCAUGAUACCCGAGAUAAUCUUAAUUCCUAAGACAAUUUCAUGAAUGAUUUGUCCAAGAAGGUUACGAGUCAUUGCAACCUUCCUAACUUCGCAUUAAAAUUUGAGGGAAGCACUUCACCAGGCUUGUUCUCCAGAUUCAUCUGCUUGCAUUUAAACAAACUGCACUUGUGAAAUAUCCGAGACUAAAAGUCCAGAUACUCCAAUUAACCAAAACCAGCUCGAUUUAUGCCUGAUGAAAUUACAAGAAAUCCAAUGACCUUGCAAUGCCAACAACACAAAAAAUCAACUAAGAAAGUGGCCCAAGGCUUGAAUUUCAGCAUUUUACUUUCUCCAUCUGAGCAUGGGCUACCCCAACUUUGGCCUGCUGAAAUUCAAGUUGUGUUCUCUCUUCUGUAAAGCUUCAUUUUGGUAUGAGUAAAUGGUAUACUUGUACCCUCUAUGAGCAAUACAUUUUUUACUGUCUUUCUCAUUUCGCCAUUAGUGGCCAAUCUCAUUUUUGCUACUUUUGAGAUAAAUGGAAAAAAACUUCAAGAAUAUUUAUGUUCUAAUAAUGUUAAAACUUGCCAUGCCAUGCAUAAAAUGGUAUGUUUCUUUUGAGACUGCCAGCACGUUUUUGUUUCUGUUUGACCAAAACAUAGAUAGCCCUAGUACCACCAAACAAAGUAAAAGGCUAGUUGCAUUUUGGCACAACUGAGUUAUGUCAUUUUUCGGGCUUGGAAUGUAGGAUGAGCAAGGGGCUGUUCAAAUAUAAUCUGGCACCUGGAGCGGGGGGUCUUUGGCUCCUGUAAGAAAAGUGUAAGAAAGGGGGGGGGGGGUCUUGAACCAAUGUAAUAUUACACUUUUGUGAGGUGAAAAAAUAAGGUAAAAAAGGGUGGCCUUGGUCAGGAAAGGCUGCAUGGUGUGCUGAGGCCACAAGGAAUGUGGAAAAUAUCUGCUGAGAAGUCUUCCAAAAAUAGGUCCUGUUCCGACUUCCUGCUCUGUCUCCUCUUCCUCCACCUCCAUUUCUUCCUGUGCCUCUUCAAUGCUGCAAUACUAGGAAAAUAUAUCCUUUUUUAAAAAAGUUUGGCCACAUCCUGAUUGAAAUUUGACCAGAAGACUUUCCGAUCGGGGAGAAUCACAAACUCAGAAUUCCUUCCGUCUAUGCCUGUUGUUUGCCAGGCAAAGACGGAAAUAUUGGGUAUAGCGGGCCCACAUACGUGGCUAUUCGCAGCGCCAAGCACAACAAAAGUUCUGCUGAAAGUCACAUGGCUGACUUUCAGCAGAUCUUGACAGAGGAUUGUUUUAAAGAGCAUUCCACCAAUGGUGACGCAGUAAAGCAUCUGGUGUUUCUCUCUGUUGAUGGUGGCCUUGAUGAAGCCCCCAAAAACACCAGAACUCUCUUAAUGUGGGCAGCUACCUUCAAACAACUUAACUUGGAUGCAUGUUUUAUUUUUUCACAGGCUCCAGGCUCAAGUGCAUACAAUCCAGUUGAGAGGAGGAUGGCUCCGCUUUCAAAGAUGACUGCAGGCAUUAUUUUACCUUUCGAUUCUUUUGGCAGUCAUCUUAAUGCAUCAAACAAAACAAUUGAUCCUGUAUUGGAGAAAAAGAAUUUUGAAGCUGCUGGUGAAAUCCUCUCUCAGGUCUUUAAUGAGGCAGAGAUUGAUGGGUACCCUGUUGUGUCUGAAGUAUGUGAGGAGGUGACUGAUGGUCUGAAUGAGAAAUGGAAGAGUGACCAUGUGUUACAGUCUCAGUAGGCCUACAUGUGUCAAAUAGUCAAGUGUUUGGAUACUUCAUGUUGUCGUCCUUUCAGGACAAAUUAUGCAGUGUAUUUUCCUGAUCGCUUUUUGCCUCCCCCAGUACCUAUUAAAGCCUGUGCAGAGGGAUUGAAGGUUGAGAAGUCGGGCCAUUUUGGCAGCCUGUUUCAGGCGCUGCACAUAAAUAGGAUUGUUAAAACAGACUGUUUUGACAAGCAUUGCCCCUCUCUGAACCAACCUGAUGCCAAAGGAAUGACAAAAUUGCAGAAGAGAACUUGUUCUUGCUGUGGCAAAUACCACUCCACUAUCAAGCAUAAGAAUGCUCAUAUGAGGGUUUGUUUCAGACAAACCACAGAUAGUGGCCACAGUGAAAGCAGAGUGAGUGAGAGUGAAAGUGAUGGUGAGGGUGAGUUGAAUGAGGAAGUGGGGACAUUGGAAAGUGAUCCAGGUUUGGCUGACCGCAACAUUUUUGAACAUAUUUCUUCAAUGUGGGGAUAUUAGGUAUUAGUUUUUCCCAAUGCCAGCUUUUCUAUUUUGUGACACGUUUGAAACAUCAUUACCACCAUGCAUGAUACAAUGAUCUCAUCUUUUAAUAAUAAAGUUAAACACUAUAAGUAUAAAUAAC